AUGGAGGUACUGAAGGAGGAUUCCAAGCUCAGUCAGGUUGGGUGGGAAGAUGCGGAGCAGGUUGAAAGGAGCUGGGUCGCAUGUCUGAGCUCGCGGAAGAUUGGGAGGCGGAAAAAUGAGGAGGAGACACCACCCUCGCAGCUGCAAAUCGCCAGCCAGCUUACCACCGCCGGCGACAUCCUCUGGGACCAACGUUACACCACCCGCCCGCCGCCCACGAGGCUGCGUCCCACCCACGCUGGCACGCUGUCCGUGGCGAACCGCACCGACUCGUCCAUCAGCGUCCGCAAUCUCAGCGAUACCCACAACCAGAUCAUACCCGUCGUGCCCACCAUGGAUUCACGGCGGCAUCCCAGCUCGUUUAAGCAACUGGAGAAAUUGGGUGAGGGUACCUACGCCACGGUAUACAAAGGCGUAAACCGUGAGACGAAAGAGCUUGUUGCCCUAAAAGAGAUCCACCUCGACAGCGAAGAAGGCACGCCGUCAACCGCCAUCCGCGAAAUCUCCCUCAUGAAGGAACUCAAGCACGAAAACAUCGUCCUCCUACAUGAUGUUAUCCACACAGAGAACAAACUCAUGCUUGUCUUCGAAUACAUGGACAAGGAUCUCAAGCGGUACAUGGACGCCCACGGCGAUCACUCCGCCCUCGAUCCGCCCACCAUCAAGUCCUUCAUGUAUCAACUGCUCCGCGGCAUCGCCUUCUGCCACGAAAAUCGUGUUCUACAUCGCGACCUGAAACCCCAGAACCUCCUCAUCAACACCCGGGGACAGCUGAAAUUGGCAGACUUUGGUCUCGCCCGCGCCUUUGGCAUCCCAGUCAACACCUUCUCCAACGAGGUCGUCACCCUGUGGUACCGCGCGCCCGACGUGCUCCUCGGCAGCCGCACGUACAACACCAGCAUCGACAUCUGGUCCGCAGGCUGCAUCAUGGCAGAGAUGUUCACAGGCCGACCUCUCUUCGCCGGAAACACAAACGAGGACCAACUCCAGAAGAUCUUCCGCCUCAUGGGCACCCCCUCAGAACGCUCAUGGCCGGGCAUCUCCCAGUUCCCCGAAUACAAACCGAACUUCACGGUAUAUUCCACACAAGACCUACGUCUCAUUCUUCCGCAGAUCGAUGCCACGGGUCACGAUUUAUUAGCACGGAUGUUGCAGCUGCGUCCCGAGCAUCGCAUCACGGCCCAGCAGGCCUUGGAACAUGCAUGGUUCCACGAUCUCCCGCUUUUCCAGCAAGAUCAGGCGCAGAAGAGGGCGAUGGCGGCCGCUAGGGGCGAGCCGAUGGGUAUGCCGCCUGUUGGGAUGGGCCAGCAGCAGCCGAUGGGUGUGAGUUCUGCUUUUGGUGGGAACUUGCAGGUGCAUCAGGAGGCGCAAGAGGAGGUGGGGAGUAUUGUGCAUUUUGGAAUGGGCAAACAAAGUGGUUUAUGGUUGCUGCAGCAGCCCGUAGAGGUGCAUCCGACUGUGGGAUUGGGAGCUGUGGAUUCUCAGCAGCAGCAGCAGCAGCAACCACAGCAACCGUUCGUGUCGGACGACAGCCUCGUUGUGAAUAAAGUACAGCAGGAAUGGCAACGUGGAGAGCAGGACUACGGCAUCACGUUUGGACAGCAAUACCAGGACGUACUACUAGAAGCGGAAGCUCAAAGGCUCUCCCAAAUAGCUCAACCGGCGGUGCUUGGAGACAGCGCGUCCGCGUAUACCCUUAAUCAAGGAUUCAUCAGUCAACAGUGUGAAGCUUUUGAGCAACAGGUGAUUGUGCAAUCUGGAGAUUAUGCAGCAGAGCAGGUGGUGCAGUGGGGUCUGCCUGCGCAGGGGGCUGAGGCUGAGGCUGUAGCUGAGGCUGCAGCUGGUGGUCUUGGUCUCGCUCUUGGUGGAGGUAGUGCUGGUGCUGGGGAUGCUUGGGAGUAUGCGUAUGAUUUAUUGGAUGCUGCGAAUGUAUCUGUCAACGAGGCGACUCCACGUCCCCCUGAACAGCUGCUUCAACAACCCCCUCGGCGUCCUCCUCCUCGAACAGACUACGAGUACCGGGAAUCAGAAUGGAACUAA